CCAACAACAACAACUGCUGCACCAACGACAACAACCACUGCACCAAUGACAACAACUGCUGCACCAACGACAACAACCGCUGCACCAAUGACAACAUCGGCUGCACCAACGACAACAACUGCUGCACCAACGACGACAACCGCUGCACCAUCGACAACAACCGCUGCACCAACAACGACAACUGCUGUACCGACCACAACGAUUGCCGCACCAACACCAACAACCGCUGCACCAACGACAACGACUGCUGCAACAACGACAACGACUGCUCCACCAACAACGACAACUGCUGCACCAACAACGACCACUAAUGCACCAACGACAACAACUGCUGCACCAUCAACCACAACUGCUGCACCGACAGCGACAACCGCUGCACCAACAACGACAACUGCUGUACUGACCACGACGAUUGCCGCAUCUACACCAACAACCGCUGCACCAACGACAACGACUGCUGCACCAUCGACAACAUCCGCUGCACCAACAAUGACAAAUGCUGGACCAACAACGACUACAGUAAACGAAGGUUCUCAAGAUGUGUCAUUCAGUUUGCUACGGACGUUUGAAAGCUCUUUGUCCAAUCCUUCUUCCUCAGAGUUUAGGACGUUGGCUGAUGAAGUCACAAGAGAGGUAAACAGAGGCUACAGAAUGAGAUUUCCUGCAACUUUUCUCCGCUCUGUAGUAAGGUCUUUCACGAACGGCUCAAUCAUUGUGAAUUUGACUGUAGUCUUCACCAACCCAACAGUUGUUCCGAAUGGAACCGUUGCAGUGCAGACACUGAUUCAAGCAUUAGCCACCGGCACUACCAACCUCAAUGUGAACGCAUCUACUAUUACCUCGAGUAGAGAAACACCAACACCAGCUCCUCCUGGUCCUACUAAAACUACUAGAUUAGGAUUGACAAUUUAUCAUGAUUACACUUUGGAUUUGAGUUUCAGUUUGACACGCACAUUUCAAAGCUCUUUGUCAGAUCCUACUUCCCCAGCCUAUCGUGUGCUGGCUAAUGAAGUCACAAGAGAGGUUAACAAAGGCUACAGAUUUCUUUUUCCAAGAACAUAUUCCCGAUCUGUUGUUAGGUCUUUUCGUAAUGGAUCAAUCCUUGUGGAAAUGAUUCUGGUCUUCCAAAACCAAACAGUGGUUCCGACCGGAGUCCUGGCAGAGCAGGCACUGCAGGCCGUAAUAUCCUCAGGUAUCAUCAACCUAACUGGACUGGACCUUUCUACUAUUACCGCAAACCCACCAGACUCUACAGAGCCUCCUGCAGCAGAUGAAGGCACUUUGGAUUUGAGUUUCAGUUUGACACGCAGAUUUCAAAGCUCUUUGUCAGAUCCUACUUCCCCAGCCUAUCGUGUGCUGGCUAAUGAAGUCACAAGAGAGGUUAACAAAGGCUACAGAUUUCUUUUUCCAAGAACAUAUUCCCGAUCUGUUGUUAGGUCUUUUCGUAAUGGAUCGAUCCUUGUGGAAAUGAUUCUGGUCUUCCAAAACCAAACAGUGGUUCCGACCGGAGUCCUGGCAGAGCAGGCACUGCAGGCCGUAAUAUUCUCAGGUAUCAUCAACCUAACUGGACUGGACCUUUCUACUAUUACCGCAACAACAACCACCUCAGGAGGACCCACUCUGAAAAUGACCACCACAACUGCAUUUUGUUUGCCUAUCUUCUUGACGGUCAUCAAAGGACUGUUGUUCAGUACAUAGAACACUCUUGUAUUAUAUUGAAUGUAUAAUAUUUUUUUUCUAACCCUAAGCCUAGUUUACCAUGACAUCAACAUAGUACAACUUUAUAGAUUGAGAAUAGAAUAACAUAAUUGUCAUAAGUAAGAAUCCAUUUAGAUAAUAGUAAGAAUAAGUUGACAACCAUUUCCACUGCUUAGCAGUGUGAUUUCAACAACCAUUUCAACAUAUGUGUUUCUUCACCAUGAUAGAACACAGUGGGAACUAAAAUACAAAAGAAAGCAAAUGAAUAACAUUUGCCAGAAUAAAAAUAAUUAUUUUCAGCUCUGCAAUUCUAGCCAAGAACUAUAAGAUAAGAUAAUUCAAACAUUUGUCAAAAAAAAAUGAAUGAAAAAAACGAAUACAUUUUAUCAUAUUUUUAUAAAUUAGAUAUAUUAUAUUUAAUCACAUGUUGUUGUUAUUUUUAUUACAGAAAAACAGGCAUUGUCUAUCAAGAUGUAGCCGACUUAAAAUGAGAUGUUUUUCGGGGGGCCACUUUGUCUUGGUGUUGCCAAUAAAAUGUAUCCUAUGUUGUAUCUGCAUAUUUCACUGCUCAUUGAUAAACACAAUAAGCUAUAACCUAUUGUAGCCUA